GGCUGCUGACCAGGCUGGCCAUGGCGUGUCCCCUGGAGCAGGCACUGGCUGUGAUGGUCACCACCUUCCACAAGUACUCGGGGAAGGAGGGGGACAAGUUCAAGCUCAGCAAGGCCGAGCUCAAGGACCUGCUGAACAAGGAGCUGCCCAUCUUCGGGAGCAAACAAAUGGAUGAGGCGGAAUUCAAGCGGCUGGUGAACGACCUGGACCACAACAAGGACAGCGAGGUGGAUUUCAAGGAGUACGUGUGUUUCCUGGCCUGCAUCACCAUGGGCUUCAACGACUUCUUCAAGGACGACCCCAGCAAGCAGCACCGCAGGAAGUGACCCCCCACCC